AUGGAUAUGGAGCAAGAAGAACUCCAAUUCCUAGGCCUAUUCGGCAUCUACAAAGAAACCUUCAAACUCAUCUACAAGCUAAGAAAAAUCCUCUCCCAAAUAACCCUAGCCCUAAUCCUCCCACUUUCCUUCAUCUUCCUAGCUCAGGAGAGAAUCUCCGAGCUCCUCUUUUGGAAAAUCCGGACCAACGAGUUCCGGCUCCACAGCUCCGCGCCGGGGAGCCCUAAGCACGACAAGCUCUCGGACCUCGUGUCGGCCGAAUGGGCCGAGUACGUGCUCCUCAAGCUCGCCUAUUUCGCAUUCGUCCUCGUAUUCUCCCUCCUCUCGACCUCCGCGGUGGUCUACACCGUCGCCUGCGCCUACACCGCCCGCGACGCCACCUUCACCACCGUCAUGAGCGUCGUCCCUAAGGUUUGGAAGAGGCUCAUGAUCACCUUCCUCUGCGCCUUCUUCGCAUUCUUCCUCUACAACAUAGGGUUUGUCGUAACCCUACUGGUGUGGAGCGCCACCGUAUCCGAUUCCACGGUCGGAAUCCUAAUUUUCGUGGUGGUCUUGAUCUUAUACGGUGUCGUUUUCGUGUACUUAACCAUUGUUUGGCAGCUGGCCAGCGUGGUUUCGGUUCUAGAAGAUUCACGUGGGAUCGAGGCGAUGAUGAAGGGCAAGAGGCUGAUGAAGGGGAAGAUGGUGGUGGCGGCGGCCAUAUUCUUGAAGCUCAACAUUUCCAUCUUUUUGUUGAACAUUUUCUUUAAGAUUUUUGUGGUGUACGGGAGCUUUAGAUCAGUGGGCCUGGCUCGGAGUUUAGGGUUUGGGGUUUUUUUUCUGGUCGUCUUGUUGAUGACUAUUUUGUUCGGUUUGGUAGUUCAGACAGUUCUAUACCUGGUGUGCAAGUCGUACCACCACGAGAACAUCGAUAAGUCUGCGCUCUCGGACCAUCUCGAGGUUUAUUUGGGGGAUUAUGUGCCUUUGAUGGCUAAGAAUGUGCAGAUGGAAGACCUCCAUGGUGUUUGA